CUACAGGAUCACAUCUUCUGCAAUAUUGCCAAGCAAAUACUUACUGAUGACUAUCUUGGUGAUAUGCAUGGUUCCAGCAUCCAGUAUACAAGAAUCAGUGAGGGUUUCCCCAUAGCCUAAGGAGUCCACAGUCUUACGGACAAACUUACAGCAGCUUGAAGGAGACAACCAUGGAUUUGAGGCGUGUGAAGGAAUAUUUCUCCUGGCUCUACUAUCAGUACCAAAUUAUUAGCUGCUGUGCUGUUUUAGAGCCCUGGGAGCGAUCUAUGUUUAACACCAUCUUACUAACCAUUAUUGCUAUGGUGGUAUACACUGCCUAUGUCUUUAUUCCAAUCCACAUUCGCCUGGCUUGGGAAUUUUUCUCAAAAAUAUGUGGCUAUCACAGUACAAUUUCUAAUUGAUCUUGUUCACAUUCUGUGAAAUGGCAUUGCAUAUUUGUAUGUUGCUUACAAUUCAUUGAUUUAGGUAACUAUUGUGUCUUCAUUCACUAUCUGACCUGAAAAGCACUCUCUUCUCUAUGCACUGUUAUAUUCUGCCUUCCGCCUGGAGUUUGAAAUAAAUGUCUCUUUAGUUUCUUUCACACAUGCUACAUUGUGCAUCAGACCAUAGAUAAUACAAUGACUUUACCUCACAUACCAUAUUCUGUCAACACAAAUCUAUGAAUUUAGUUUAUUUAAAAUCGGAACAAUUCCUGCAAAAUUUUUCUGGACAGGCUCAUAACAGAACUAUCAGAAUCAUACUUAAAGUGCUCCCUUGAUACUUAUUCUAUGCCGAAGGAUAUAUUUUAAAAAAUCUUUAUAGGCUACUGUCAGAAGUAUCUUAUCCUUGUUUACGAUGUACAAAAAGAUAUGAAUAAAUUAUAUGGACCCCCUAAGUCUUAUUUUCUAGUAAACCGAUGAUACUUUUACUUCAAAUGCAAAAGAAUAAGCUGGAGGUAGUUAUACCCCUUCGUACACUGUUCAUGAAUUGUUUUAAAUGCUUCUUAAAGUCUGGCUUUAUAACCAUUUAAAAUCAACAAUGUUGAUUUUUAGAUAACGAAGUAUUAUAAUACAAAAUAAUUUUAAGUGUAAGAAACAAAAGUAUAAUCAAAGUAAAUUCAGAUACUGUGAUUUGUGGUGUUGCCUUGCCUUGCAUGAUGCUGGGGGAGAAAGAGAAAAGAAAUUGUUUUCUUUUUGUGCUUUUAUUCAGUAGACAGUGGGGAAAAAGCAUGUAUUGGGCUACAGGAAGAAAAGCUAAUAAAUAGGCUGGAAGUAAUAUUCUACCAGCAGGAACUCAACAGCUCCAGUUAAGUGCUUUGAUAUAGUGGCACCUUUGCAGAGCCAAAGCAAGAUUUUAAGAAUUUCCUUCAAAGUGUUUAUCUUUAAAACAAAUAUAAGAUUUUAAUUAUACUGCUGAAGCAAAUGUGAAUGCCAAAGAGUAAGUUUUGCAGUUUUGCUUUCCUCCCAACAAAUAUUAAUGUAUGCCAUUUUAGAGGGUAAAAAUGUAAAUAGCAUUGAACAAUAUUUGCACCCUUGUUUGUGUUAUGGAAAAAAGUUUUCCAAGGAGAGUUAGAGAGAAAGAUGUUUGGCAUGCCAAAUUAACUUGCAUGUAUGUUAAAAAAGCAAACACAUGUUUUGAAGAGAAACCAGAUGUGAACAUGUAUUUGUUGAGUUUUGCAAAAUAAAAUUAAUUUUGUAAGUAAAUAUCUAC